ACUACCUCGCGGCCACCUUUUCGCUCAAUUAGGACGGAUCCCUUCACUCCGUUUCGGAGCUCGGAUGAAUCCGAACCACACGACUACCAUGUCGCGCAAUUCUGCCGCACCGAGCCCCGCCUCGUUGGAGCUCGGGUGGAUCCGUACUACAAGGUUCUGUGGGUGGACUUUGAUGUUGGGACGUGCUCGAGUUUUCGCUCGCCCCGUCUUGUGUGCGCUGAGUGUCUUGAGUGGACGUACGCCUCCUGAUCCGGCGGUGGGCAUGUCGGACGACUCGGAGGACGAACGUGCGCGGGCGCCUUUAAAAUUGGGCUUGCAGGGAUCUCGACGCCAAGGUUUGCUUGGGGAGUCGCCGAUUCGGACGUCCCUUGGAGGCGGCCUCGGCGAACGGUUGGAGCAGGCCUCGGGAUCGCGGUCUCCCCAACGCCUCGUGGCAAGAGUCGGUGCAUUCAUUAGUAGCAGAGAAGUGGCCGACUUGACGGCGGGAGAUCGACCGGGUGCCUCGUGGGUUCGAGAGGUCCGUGGAGCUGCUAAUACGACUCGGUCGGUCCGCCCUGCUCCUGCACAUCUGCAGACGGAGGCGAGCCCACGUGGAGAAGCAGGUGGGAACGUCGCUGGUGAAGAAGAGGUACUUGAGUUGGGGGCGACUCAUGAGAGCUCGCCUGUGACGAGUCAGUCGGGAGGCAAGCGCAACUUGCCACUUGACGAAGGGCGGGAGGGAUUGGCUGCUCUGAAAAGGCAAAGAAAGCAAGGAGGGAGUGCUCGGACGCCGAUGACAGAAGAGCGCGGUUCCGUUGAUAAGAGGAAAAGAGUUGGAGGUGGGGAUGAUACGCCCAAAGAUUCGUCGACACAACGAAGAACCAGUGAGUCUUCCGGCAAGCGGUCGAAGUCGGCGAAGGGGAAGAAAGCAGAUGAAGGCGACACAGGGGAGGGGGACGAUGACGUGGAGAUUAACGUGAACACAUUUAACCUUGACAGGGCGUUCUUCCUGGGGAUGAAGACAGGGGUGCAGAGGGACGUCGUGUUGCACAUCCAUCCCGAACGAAUCUUGCCUAUUCCAGACUGGGAGGACGCGUAUAACCACCAAUCCUUGGACGAGUUCCUCGUGGACACUCUUGCGGCGGCUAUGAUCGACUGCUAUGCACGUAAAGACAUGAGAUAUACAAAGCCCAUUUUCGUUCUUGCUCCGAUCGUCGCGCCAGCGGAGAAGGACAAACCUGUUGUGCGCGUGCUGCCUGAAGACUUCGACGACUCCCACCCCGAGAAAUACUGGUAUUAUCCUGUGUGUGGCCAGCAUAAUGCAAGGGUAGCGAUGAAGGUGGCGGACCAUGCUAUGUUCAAUUACUACAACUUCUGUGAGUGGCCGUUCAGACCAAUUUACUUCCCUGACGACGAGUUCGAUGGCUACACCCAUGUUCUGGACGACAAGCUUUGGAACGAGAGCAGGAAGUUUUUCAACGACACGACGUAUGUCAACAAGUGCCCUCAAUAUCUGGGGUUUCAACAUGAGAACAACGUCAAGAAAACUACUGCUCUUGUGAACGACCCACAUUUCCCGGCGGAGUGGAAACGUGUGGUCCUAUCGGUGCUCACUGGAGAGCGCGCGCAAAGCAGAAAAGGUCCUCGAGGCAUUGAUGAAUGCAUCAACAUUUUAUGGAGGAAGACAAGCGUCGUGACGACACUGGCCCCGUUUGUUGUCGACCCGUUGAAUGCCAUGGACCAUAAGGACACGCUGGGUAAACUGGGUCAUCAGUUGCGCUCCCACACUUGCGUGCUCGACUUGUGCGGAACCGUGGAUCGGACGCGCUGGGAUUCAGGAGCAUUCGCGUCUCUGAGUGAGUUCCUGGGCUUCAUUUGUCAGGACUACUGGACCUUGGUGGUAUUCAUUCCCUGCCUGUGGGACCUGUCCUUCAUGACAUGUUUGGCUGCGCUUGGGGCCACCCGAUGCUACACAGGGAAGUGGGUGCGCAAGACAGCAGCGAAAAAGACGCAUCGGUUCGGAAACAGCAUGUGGGAGGAGCCGGAUGUUAUGCACAUCCUUUUCAAAGGCGAGGAUCCGUGGCUGCUGACUCAGCCAGUGUUCGAGGGAGCUGUUGCCGCAGACGAUGCCGCCGCUCUCCGGAGGAAGCAGAAAGUGACACCUGUGGAUGUGGAGGAGAGGCCUUUCAAGUCCUUGCAAUUCGCGGACUUCGGGAACCACAACCAGAAGGGGGUUGUAUACAAGGACUUCGAGAGGAAUUCUAAUCAGUUAUCGAGUCAUUUUCUUUUCUUCUGUGUCGUGGCGGAUGGCAUGCUGUUCUUGGGCAAUCUGCACGCGCUGGUGGUGUGGAAUCUGCUUCACCAGGGAAGGCACGUCUUGGCCUUGGAUGGGGACUCAAUGCAGCUUGAAUACACCUCGCAGUUUGUUGCACACGAGGUCCAGUCUGGGGCUUACGCGUGCGAUUUCCACCAUGUCGUUGUCGAGCCUGUGUAUGACCCGAAUAAGGACAUGUUCUUCAAGUUGACUCCGAAGAAAAGGCGCCAGGUCUACUCCUUUCUUUUCGGCCAUCAACCGAAGUGGAGAGUAGACGAGCAGUUCGUGAUGCGAAAACAAGUCGCCAUCGCAGUCCUCCAGGGCUACCACGGGGCGAGUCGCACCAGCGCAGUGGGUUUCAUGAAAAGGUUGGAAUAUGUCUUUUUCGAUGAAGGUGUGGUCGAUCCGGCGGGCUUUACUUUGAACAAGUACAGGCUGGCAUUUGGUGAUGACGAUGACUUCAACAUCGAGACUGAGCCGGAGGAGAGCGUUGAGGACGACCUCUUCGAUUUGGAGGGCCAAUUGGCCAUCUUCAACGCGCAAGUUUCUGAGUCGCCCUCAGUAUGCAAACCGGGGACACCGCUUGCUACACCCACGUCAGCCGGUCCCACGCCCGUGUCCUCCUCAGUGCCUGUCAAGAGGGUUGGGUUGUCUCGUCUGAAGACUUCGCCGAUGGAGUCUAUGCGUCUCUCACCGCUCCCGGAACCCUAUGAUGUUGUAUUGGAGAAAUUAAGUGAGGUCAAUCGACGAUGUGUGGACGACCCUGCUCUGCGCAAGUAUGGGGACACGAUUUUCGAAUUAGUGCAGUCCAAUCAUUGGCUGGAAGUAACCUCCGCGUUCUACAGCCUUCCGUUAAGCCCGUCAAUUAAGCAAGUGAGUUGGGACUUGCCUGCGAUCACGCCGCCAGCUGCAGUUGUGAAGCGCAAGUCUCGCGGAAAGGACGACGAAGGGGACGGUCAGGGCGGCGGGCAACGCGGAACCGGAGGGGGGAGCGCACCACGCUCGACGAAAGAGCCAGCUCAAGGGCAAGAAGGCGGCGGAGAGGGGAGAAAGGGCAGCCGAGAGAAGAAAAAGCAGCACAGCAGAGAGAAGACAAAGCAUCACAGAGGAGACGGGCAGGGGUCCGAUGUCGACGGCAACGAGGACGGUGGGGCGUUGGCGGUCACAGGCAGCACCUCAAUGGAGACGGGAAAAGACUUCAGACCUGGGUGGAUUCCGCGGCCUGGCGAGCAGGAUCCUGUGAUUAGCUCCACCAGCGCAACAGAGUUUAUCGAUGCGGUUGGCAGGGCAGAUGAUGCAAAGGACGACACUUGCCCUGCUCAGGUCCAAACCCCAUUGGCGGGUUGUCUCGGAUCAAUCCGAACCACGAGAACUACGUCGCUGUCCGGAACUCAGUACCCCGCGGGAAGCAAAAUGACAACAUACCUCGGGCCGCAUUGGGGAGUUCGAAUUGAUCCGAACCUGGAAGACAGUACCGUCAAGAGAGCACGGUGGUCUACGGAAGUCGAACGGAUGGUCCGAGUUUCCGAAAGCAUUGCCAGCCAAAUUCGGAUUCAUCCGAACCAGGAGGACGAUUCGGCAAUGACAGUCGAUCGGUAUGAGGACGUCGUAAUGCUGUGCACGGAAGCCCGCCAGGAGCUGCAGGCAGACUGUCCGACUUUGGUAGUCGGUGUUCGAGACGAUGCCAUGGAUUCCCUUCAUGGUGAGUUACCGCCCACUUCCAAUGUCCAGUCUUGCACACUCGGGGAUGAAUGCCUGGUGACGGUAAGCACUAAGUUAGCAGUCUUAAGCGACUCUCCGAUGGAAGCGGACACGUCCGCGCCACCGGAAAUUGUCGGGGCUCGGAUGAAUCCGAACCAGAGCUAUAAUGAUGCUGGUUUGGAGAUGGCCGUUAUUCAGAUGCAUCCGACACACGCAGACGCUGGACUUGAACUGGCAGUCGUUGAGGAUCGUGGACAUGUGACGUCUGUGGACAAAACGGACGGGUCCUCGGGGAUGCAUUCCGCGGACGAUCGGAUUGAUCCGAAACCUGGCGACAUCAGCAUGCCCCGCGAUACUUCAGGCAAUGAGAUGGGGGCCGUCGAGUUGGAUCAACGAGUUCAGCCGGGGUGCGACGACCCCUUGUACUCCGACCUUCGUGACGAGGUUAUGGGGGAGGACAUUCUGAAGAAGGCCUCUGACGCUGCUAAGGACAGCUUGUUCUAUUUCAGUGAUGACGACAAAGACACAGCGCGCGACGACAAACAGUUCAAGGGGGAAGAGGUCAUGCUGGACAUCGAUGCGACCUUGGACCCGACAGAUUACGACAUAGUGGCGAUGGAGAAAACGCAAUCUAUCCAUGUUGUGGACGUCGACGCUCUUAGUCCAGAGAGGGACAUAAUAAAAUUGGAUGAUCCCCGCCAUCAAGAUAGGAAAGAAGUUACGCCGUCGAUGGUCAUCGACGCGGACAUCUCAAACCUGUCAAGCUUCCCUGGGUGUUUGGAGCAUGUCGUUGCCGCGUCAACGCGCAGAGGGUUGCCAAUCGUGUUGGGACUGCCGUCUGCGGAAUCCGACGAUGUGGAAGCUAAGCCUGGUAAGCACUCACUUUUUCUGCUGCUUCCCGCUCUUCUGCCCGUUCGUGAAGUGUUGUUUGCUUCGUUGCUUCGAGAAUGCUCUGUUGCCGGCCGACAACUGGACGUUGAGGAUGGGGUUCGUGAGGUGGUGUUUGGUUUGGUGCUCUUGCGAAGUUGCGUUGUUGAUCUCCAUCUGAAAUUUGUCGGUGGCUAUUUCUUGUACAGGUCGACGAAGUCGUGGAAAAACAAACAGUUCGCAGGAGCCGCCGGCCCCCGCCAGGCUGUCAGUCCUUGUUGCAGAAGGCACUGGUCGUGGCGAUGUCACCGAUAUGUUUUGUGGGGACACUAAGCCUCGCGGCCCUCCCGAAACGGUAGUCGUGCCCAUUGUGGGCCCUCGCGCAAGACUCGUUGCAGAGACACCGG